AUGCCUUUCUGGAUUUACGUCAUCUUCCUCACGGUGAGGGAAUGGGAAGUUACUAUUGCUGAAAGAGUUGAGGGCAACAAUAAGAAAGUUCAUUUGAAGGUUCACUUAAGCCUCUGCAAAUACCCAGCAGCAGGAACAGUGCUUUUUCUGCCAGCCUAUAUACAACUGGACCCGGAGAUUCCCUAUGUGAAGACACAGGAGAAAGAGCAACUCAAGAUCCUCAACGAUGAAUUUGCCUCAUUCAUUGACAAGGUCCAGUGCUUAGAACAACAGAACAAGGUUCUUUCCACCAAGUGGAUGCUCUUGCAACAGCAAAGCCAGAAAGGACUCACCAAAAAUUUGGGUGCUGAUUAUGAAAGUCACAUCAGAGAGCUAAAGUGGGAACUAGACACAGCCACUAGUGAGAAAAAUGCUCUGGAGACAGAACUGUAUAAAGUGCAACAGCAUACUGAACACUCAAAGAGAAUGUACGAGGAGGAAAUUGGCAGACGUAUGGCAGCUGAGAAUGAGUUUGUGGUGCUCAAGGAGGAAGUUGACAGUGUCUAUCUGGAGACUGGCAAAUUGCGUUCUGAGGUGGAAAAUUUGACUGGUGAGAUUGACUUCCUAAGCAAAAUAUUCCAGGAGGAGGUAUCUCAACUGCAAUCUUUUGGGGAAAAUACUUCGCUGGUUGUCCCUAUGGAUAAUAGCAGACACUUGGAUAUGGAGAACAUCAUUCCAGAAAUUGAAUCGCAGUAUAAGCUGAUUGUCCAACGUAGCCGUGCUGAGGCCGAGUCAGAGCUGCAGAAGAAGUAUGAAGAGCUGCAGUCAAAGGCAGGGGAAUAUGGAAGCACUCUGCAGGUUUCCCAGAGGGAACUCACUCAGCUCACCCAUCAGAAGACGAGGCUACAGAAUGAAGUGGACAACCUGAAGAGACAGGUGGCUAAGCUGGAAUCAGAUAUUGAGAAAGCUGAGGAGAAAGGAGACUCGGUUGUUAACGAUACAGUGAGCCAAUUGAACCAAUUCUCCACAGCCUUGCAGACAAAUAAAGAAGAGCUGGCCAGCCUUGUGAAGGGUUACCAUCAACUACUGAAUGAAAAGCUGGCUCUGGAUAUCGAGAUCAACAUGUACCGUGGGCUGCUAGAGGGAGAAGAAAGGAGGCUGAAUGAGAGUUCCUCGGUGCUCUUGUAAAUCUGUGACCGGCCUGACUCUAAACAUCUCCUGAGGUAGGGUCUGUGGAGGAGAAAUAGGAGCUGGAUUUGAGCCUGGUUUUGGAAACACAAGAGGCUGCUACACUUCCAUUUGCAUCUCUGAAGAGACGAAGGCACUUUGGAGCCUUUCCGAUGUGAAACCUUUCCAAUCCCAAUGGAAAAUGGACCAGUCUCUGCACUCUUCUGGGAACACUGACUGUAUACUUUUUCAACUUCUGCAUGGACUGAAAAAGGAUGAAUUUUCUUGUUAGGAAGUGAAAAGAGAUACAAUUUGGCUUCAUACAUAUAGACCCUUCCUUCCUUCCUUUCUUUACAAGAUAUGAGUAAACAUGUUUGUUAUUUUCAGAGGACUGGCUCAAGCGAAAUGCCAAGAGCUAUGCUGUGCCAUUCACUGAGGGCCAAAUAAGACGUGGGACUUCUAUGAUGCAAAUUCCUGGCCUCUUUUUAACUUUUGAAACAGCAAUCAGUUUGCACGGGAGCUAAAGCUCACGGAAAGGGUGGGUUGACCCUUUGCGGCCCUGCUUCCCCAGCUUAACACUCCA